AUGGAGCCCCCCCAGCACGAGCUGGCUCAGCACAAAAAGAGAAUACUACAUGAGCUUCUACAUGUAGACCUACUGAGUAUGUAUGCGUGCAUUGAAGCAUUGAAGCCAACCAGUCGAGUGGGACUGUCCCAAUGGAGCUCCCCACCGCAGAAGCUGUUCGAAAUUCGAAGUUCGCCGUCUUCGCAAUCCCGCAAUCCGCAACCCUUGUCUAAAGCCAGCUGUUCAUGGGUGGAACUCAUCAGCCGAGGUACAAUACGGGAUGAUGCCGAUGCAGCACCAUGUAGCCUAAAAUGCCAACGCAGCUAUUUUCUGCCCUUUAAUAGCUCCUUUAAUAAUAAAGAAGCUAACAGUACACCGGUACCACUGGCAGGCUAG